AUGUCGGGCUCGACUUCGACGAGACCAAACGAUUUUUUUGAUUUACCGGAAGAAGCAAGAGCCGAUGAUCAAUACGUCGUCGAAAAAAUUAUGGCUAAAAGACGGACUCGUAAAGGCAAAUGUGAAUAUCUGCUGAAAUGGGCCGGAUUCAGCGAUGCUGAUAAUACUUGGGAAGCUCAGCAUGAUAUUCAUCCUGAUUUAAUUGCUGAAUUUGAACGUCAGCAAAUGGAUGCUGAUACGUCGAAUCCAAUUUAUUCGAUUUUAGGUGAAGAUCCACCUAAGAAACAGCGUGCAUCGCUAUCUGCGACUUCAUCAUCUUCGAAUCAUGCAGAUUCACCACCAGCGAAAAAGAAGAAAAAAACGUCAAACUCAGUUAUUUUAACAACAAAAAGUGCAAAACCAUUACCACCAUCGCCAUCUCCACCAUUGUCCACGACGACAACGACAACUACGACACCGGUAGCAGCAACAAACGAAGUGCGAAAGAAAGUAUUCGGUGUAGAAAAAGGUUGGCGUGUACGUGCAGUCAUCGGAGCAGCUAAACAAAAAGAUUCAUCAGUACUCUAUGCUGUUGAUUAUGUUCAAGGCUCACCGAUCUUACGUGAAUACGUUCCAUCAGAAAUAGCUCAUAUCUAUAUUCCACGUGAACUAAUCGAAUUUUUUCAGAAAAAAAUCGAAAAUAGAAUUCACGCGAUGAGUAGCACUGAAGGUAUUCCAAUCCGUCGUUUGGUUGUACAUGAUCCAAAAGAUAUGCCCCUUCACUACGGUGAAACACCAGGUGGAAGCAUUUUUUCAACAACACCAGGAGGCAGUCGUAUUUAUUACGAUCGAGCUUUCUUACUUUCUCGUCGCGACUCACCUAUGACACGUUCGCCGCCGAAUUUGCCAUUUAUUCCGGAAGUUACCUUAAUUCCGGGACCGGACAAGAAUGGUGAUAUUGUGGAAAAUGGUCAUAGCACAGAUAAAAAAGACCGAGCAGGAUCGUCAGUUGAUAAGUCGAACUUAUCGAAAUCUGAUCGUUCAAAAUCGGCUAAAAAAGACGGUGAUGAUCAAUUUUCGAUGGAUAUGUGA